UGAUUAUCGGGACGAUUUUGUCAGGGUCGAAAUGUUUUGCGUCCAUUAGGAUUGGUUACGAAAUCUCUUUGCAUGUUUUCAUCAUUAAAUUGUAAAACAAGAGAUUGAAAGAACCUAAAAUGAUGCGCUCUUUCAGACAAACGUCAUUAUUGAAAUGUCGGAGAGCAUUAUACUUAAGCUACCAACAGCACCAAUUACUUUCAACCACAAGUAGAGACAGACCUUUUAACACAGUUAUACUAUUUGUACCGCAACAGGAAGCAUGGGUUGUAGAAAGAUUUGGGAAAUAUCAUGCUACUUUGAAUCCGGGCUUCAACAUUCUUAUACCAGUGAUAGAUUCAAUAAAAUAUGUUCAAGUUCUUAAAGAAAUUGCAAUAGAAGUUCCGGAACAGCAUGCGAUCACUUCAGACAAUGUGACAUUGAAAAUAGAUGGUGUUCUGUAUGUAAAAGUUACUGACCCCUACAAGACUAGUUAUGGUGUUGAAGAUCCAGAAUUUGCUAUAACUCAGCUGGCACAGACUACAAUGAGAUCCGAGAUCGGUAAAAUACCACUAGACACAGUCUUUAAAGAGAGAGAUGCUCUCAACAUAUAUAUUGUAGAAACCUUGAAUAAAGCAGCAGAUGCGUGGGGUAUUAACUGUCUUCGAUAUGAAAUAAAAAAUAUUGAGUUACCAAAAAAGGUUCAAGAAGCUAUGCAAAUGCAGGUAGAGGCUGAGAGAAAAAAGAGAGCUGCUAUCCUAGAAUCUGAAGGUAUAAAAGAAGCUGACAUAAAUGUAGCGCAAGGAAAGAAACAAGCAAGAAUUCUUAACUCAGAGGCCAACAAAUUGGAACAAAUCAAUCAGGCUCAGGGAGAAGCACAGGCUAUCCUAGCUAAAGCAAGUGCACAGGCAACUUCAGUUGAAGUCAUUGCGGCUGCUCUGAGACAAAAGAAUGGAAUGAAUGCAGUAUCCAUGAAAAUAGCUGAGCAGUAUGUAGCAGCAUUUGGUAAUCUGGCAAAGAAAGGUAACACUGUAUUGUUGCCAAACAGCACUGGUGACAUUAGCAGUAUGGUGACUCAGGCAAUGGCUAUUUAUAACAAUAUUUCCAACAACAAACAACUUCAGGCCAGUGAGGUGGAUGGAGAGUUAGAUGAUGCUACUGUAGAUGAAAUUAAUGUAUUAAAAGAUAAUGCAAUGAAAGGGACUGAUCUAGAUUCUAUAACUAAAGAUACAGCAUUGACUGAUAAAGAUUCUAAAUCUAAAUCUUGAAUGGAAAUAUAAAUGCUAGUCUGGAAACAGUGUCUGAAUUACUGAUGUAUAGAUAUUUAUGUUUUAAGAAUGAAAAUUCUUUUGUACACACAGUAUGUCUUUACAAAUAAAAAAUCAUGCUAACUGAAUUUUAUUCAUAUAAGUACCCUUCUCUUAACUGCAGGAGAGCACACUUUAUUACAUAUUUCUAGAAAAAUUUCUUUGUUUGAAAUAAAUUAUAUCUGAUAGCUUCAAUUUUUGGCAUAUAGUUAUGUUUAGUUGAAACUAAGAUGUUGAGUAAUUUAAAUGUGAGCUUGACCUAUAUAUGAUCUUGUCUAUCAAUAACAAAUCACAAUGUAUUGAAUUUA